GCGAGUGUCUGGAGGGGAGGACUCGGGAGCGCGACCAGCCGAGGGAUCGAUCGGAUUAAACUCGAUUCGAGUGAAAUUAACACAAAGGAGAGAAGAGCAACGCACACUAGUCGGCGAGGUUGCGGAUGCGAGACACGCCGGAGAAAUAUUUAAUGAAAAACAUAAAACUUGAACUUUUUUCCCCCUCUGUUUAUUUAUAUUUCACACGAAAAAGGACCACGGUGGAUUUUUUUUUUUUUUUCGAGCAAGCGGAGAUACUAACCGUACCAACAAGGAGUUGAUUUGAUAAAAGAAAAACCCCAAAGUGACCGAGCUUGCUGGGAUCUAAUGAGGACCAUGGAGUAACAAGCUUCAAAUUAGCAGCUAGCUGAUUAGCUCCUCACUGCACAACACACCUCCCUCCAUCUAGUCCCCUCCAUCCGAGGGCCCACCACCCAGCCAUGGCGGACCCAGGGAUGUUGAGUUUAUUCGGGGACGAUGCAGGGCUGUUCUCAGAUGGAUUAGAUGGUUUAGGAGGCUGCUUUCCUCAGCAGCCGGCCCCUGGCCAGUCCAACCCUCUAGCCCAGCAGACUAAUCCCUCCCUGAACCACGAGCACCAGGGAAACAGGGGUUACCACCAGGGGAUGAUCCACGGUGCCGGGACUGGCCCAGGGCAGCCUAAACUGGGGCAAAUGUACGACCACGGCCCCUACACAGGCUACGAGCAGUCCGGUGCCCCUGCAGGACGAAUGAUGGCCCAGAAUGGUCCCACCCAGGGGCCGCCAAAUGUGAAUCCGGCCAUGAAUGGCAUGGCUUCCCACUACCAUAAUAACCCAGCUAACUCUAGCAACCCCUGCCACGGGUACCCAGGUGAUGCUGGCGGAGGAGGAGGUGGUGGGGGUGGAGUUUGGGGCCAGCAGCAGCAGCAGCAGCAGCAGCAGAGCAGAUCAGCCUAUCAGCAGCCUCCAACACAACCAGGAGGCGGCCCUAAUCAGAUCGGAGGCUACCAGAUGUCUCAAGGCAACUAUGGUGGGAUGCAAGGCCCGCCCACACCCAAUGCAGCUCGCAUGAACCAACACUACGCUCCACAGAGCAUGGCCCCCCCUCCUGCUCAGGACCCAUCUCACUACCUGGGACAUGUUGGAAUGGGAGGGGCCCAGAUGAGACACCCACAGCCCCAGCCACAACCCCAGGGCUAUCCCAACAUGGGUCACACACCGCGAUACCCACACUCCCCAUCCCGACAGCCCCAACACACCCACCAGCACCAACAGGGCAUGGGGGGGUUUGGGGGAAGCCAGUACCCUGGCUAUCAGGCCCAGUAUGGAGCCAUUGGACCUGGGAUGGGCCAGAGUGCUAAUACUAACAUCAGUACUAACACCAGCCAGGCCAUGGCACCAGGGCAGCUUGGCCAGAGGUUUAACCAGGGAUCAGGCCCAGCAGCUGGGCAGCAGGGCCAGCGAUACCCCCCUGCACCACCACACCAACCGCAGCCCCUUCAAACCCACUCUACCCCUAUGCAGCAGCAGGCAGGACAGCAGGGCCAGCCUAUGCACCCCCUAAACCACACCCAGCACCCCCAGAAUGUGCCCCAGUCUCAAAACCAACCCCAGUCCCACCUUGCCCCCCCAGCUCAGGGAUCUUACCCCUCCCCUUCAUCCAUGUCCCCCAUGCGGGUUUUGGGAACCCCAACCCCUCCCCCCCAGCAGGGCAGACCCCCUAGCGCAGGACUAGCUGGGCCCCCAGAGGUUGCAGGGUACACAGCCCUGCAGUCUCCACCCAAUGCUAUGCCCCAUCCACAGAGAACUCCCCAAACUCCUUUAUCUACCCCACACCCCCAACACCAGCAGCCCCACAACAUGCCCUCCAAUGCAGGGCAGAUGUAUCCCGGCAUUGGGCCACAGCGCGGACCACAGAUGGGUCCAAACAGGCCUCAGCUCCAGCAACAGCAAGGACCUCAUGAAGCUCCAGUCAGCCAGGGAGGAGACCAGCGUCUGCUCCAGGCCCAGCAGCAGGCCUCUCGCAGCGGGCAGCCCCUGCAGUCCUCGCCCAUGGGUUUCCAGUGUCCGCCUGUCGGUCAGCACGGAGCUCCGGCCUCCAACCAGGGUUUAGCGCCGCCCAACCAGAACUCUCAGACACAGCAGACGCACCUGCCCCCCCACCACCUGCAGAGCACACCCCCUCAAUCCAACCAGGGAUCCAACCCAUGGGCACCUACGCCUCCUGCCUCCCACCCACUCUCCUCACCCCCUCUUACUCCACAGAAAGUGCCUCACAUACAGCAUUCCCCCGCGGACCCGUCAGGCGAUGCCUCAGUGAAGGUUCCUGAAAGGCCGACUGUUGGCGCUGGAGUGCCCAGCCAGCCUAUCGGCACAGAGCAGCCCAGCAACCAGGAGACCAAGCCAAAAAAGAAGAAGAAGAAGAAAGCUAAAGUAGCGGAUGGAGAGGAAGAAGAGGGAGGGAAGAAGGCGGCGAGAGAGGGAGGAGCUGCCGAGGAAGACUUAAAAUCUGAAUUUCCCAGAUCAGGAAGUGACGCAGGUGAACAGGUGACUGGCACAGGAACUGUAGAGGGAAGUUCACCGUCGGUGGAGGAGAAGAAGAAGCGGAAAAAGAAACCAAAGGAGAAGGCGGAGGGCAAGGAGGGCAAGGAGCCCAAAGAGCCCAAGACCCCGAAAACGCCCAAAACGGGCAAGACCCCCAAAGAGCCGAAGGAGAAGAAAGCCAAGGGCUCCACGCCCAAGACCAAGACCCCCAAGAAAACUGGCAAUAAGAAGGUGGAGUCGGAGGCCGGGGCUGGCACUGCUAAAAAGGAUUCCAAGAGGAAGAGAGAGUUGUCAGUCAGCGACGAUGUGGAGGUGAAGUCUCCACCUCCAUCGCCCCCUGAAGAGGAGGAUGAUGAUGGUGUACAGAAGCGCCGCUCCAGCCGUCAGGUGAAGAGGAAGAGGUACACCGAGGAUCUGGAGUUUAGGAUUUCAGAGGACGAUGACAGUGGAGAUGACUCACCGGCACCGAAAUCCCCAUCUUCAUCACAACAACAGGACGUGGCUGAAGCUGAGGGACCGAUCGUGGAGAAGAUCAUGGGCCUGCGCACCUCCAAAAAACAGCUGGAGAUGGGGGAGGAAGUGGAGGUGGAGGAGUUCUAUGUCAAGUUCAAGGGCUUUUCGUACCUCCACUGUCGCUGGGCCGACCUGGAGGAGCUGGAGAAGGACAAGAGAAUACACCAGAAGGUGAAGAGGUACAAGGCCAAGCAGCAACUCAACAGCUUCAUAACUGAGAUGGACGACGAGCCUUUUAACCCGGACUAUGUGGAGGUGGACCGUGUCCUGGACAUUUCAGAGAGCACAGAUGAAAACGGAGAGACGGUGACCUUAUAUCUGGUGAAAUGGUGCAGCCUGCCUUACGAAGACUCCACCUGGGAGCUGAAGGCCGACAUCGAGCAAUCCAAGAUAGAGGAGUUUGAACGCAUCACAGCACGCACACCCAACACUAAGAGAGUGGAUCGGCCUCCUGCAGCCGACUGGAAGAAGCUGGAGGGCUCCAGAGAAUACAGGAACAGCAACACACUCAGGGAAUACCAGCUCGAAGGUCUCAACUGGCUAACCUUCAACUGGUACAACUCACGUAACUGUAUCUUGGCUGACGAGAUGGGUCUCGGGAAGACCAUCCAGUCCAUCACGUUCCUCUAUGAGAUUUACCUGAAGAGCAUUGAGGGGCCGUUCCUCGUCAUCGCCCCGCUCUCCACGAUCCCCAACUGGGAGCGAGAGUUCAGGACCUGGACCGAGCUCAACGCGGUGGUCUACCACGGCAGCCAGGCCAGCCGCAAGACCAUCCAGGCCUACGAGAUGUACUACAGAGACGCACAGGGUAAGAUAAUAAAGGGAGCGUAUCGGUUUCACGCAGUGAUAACAACCUUUGAGAUGAUUCUGGCGGAUUGUCCGGAGCUUCGCAGCAUCCCAUGGCGCUGCGUGGUGAUAGAUGAAGCCCACCGCCUCAAAAACCGAAACUGCAAACUACUGGAAGGACUCAAGAUGAUGGACAUGGAGCACAAAGUCCUGUUGACAGGAACUCCCCUCCAGAACACUGUGGAGGAGCUCUUCAGCUUACUCAACUUCCUGGAGCCGGAGAGAUUCCCAUCUGAGCAGACGUUCAUGACUGAAUUUGGAGACCUUAAGACUGAAGAACAGGUUCAGAAACUGCAAGGCAUUCUGAAGCCCAUGAUGUUGAGAAGACUGAAGGAGGACGUGGAGAAGAACUUGGCCCCGAAAGAGGAGACCAUCAUCGAGGUGGAGCUCACCAACAUCCAGAAGAAAUACUAUCGGGCCAUUCUGGAGAAGAACUUCUCCUUCUUGUCCAAAGGAGGUGUAGGAGGAGGAGGAGGUGGCGGCGGCGGCGGGGGAGGAGCCAACGUACCCAACCUCCUCAACACCAUGAUGGAGCUGAGGAAAUGCUGCAACCACCCCUACCUCAUUAACGGAGCGGAAGAGAAGAUCAUCGAGGAAUUCAGGGACUCACAAGGAGGCAGGGCCGACAUACCAGAAAUGGCUCUCCAGGCCAUGAUCCAGGCUGCCGGCAAGUUGGUGCUCAUCGACAAGCUGCUGCCCAAACUGAAGGCCGGAGGACACCGAGUCCUGGUCUUCAGUCAGAUGGUCCGCUGUCUGGACAUCCUGGAGGAUUACCUGAUCCAGAGACGAUAUCCCUAUGAGCGCAUAGACGGCAGAGUUCGCGGUAACCUGCGGCAGGCAGCCAUCGACCGGUUCUCCAGACCGGACUCGGACCGUUUCGUAUUCCUGCUGUGUACGAGAGCCGGAGGACUGGGCAUCAACCUGACGGCAGCCGACACCUGCAUCAUCUUCGACUCUGACUGGAACCCUCAGAACGACCUGCAGGCGCAGGCCAGGUGUCAUCGUAUCGGCCAAUCGAAGGCGGUCAAGAUCUACCGCCUGAUCACCAGGAACAGCUACGAGAGGGAGAUGUUCGACAAGGCCAGUCUGAAGCUGGGGCUGGACAAGGCCGUGCUGCAGAGCAUGAGCGGACGGGAAAACGCCAACAGCGGGGUCCAGCAGCUGUCCAAGAAGGAGAUCGAGGACUUGCUGAGAAAGGGAGCGUACGGCGCUCUGAUGGACGAGGAAGACGAAGGCUCUAAAUUCUGCGAGGAAGACAUCGACCAGAUCCUCCAGAGACGAACGCACACCAUCACCAUAGAGUCCGAGGGGAAGGGCUCGACAUUUGCUAAGGCCAGUUUUGUUGCAACCGGCAACCGAACGGACAUUUCUCUUGAGGAUCCAGACUUCUGGCAGAAAUGGGCCAAGAAAGCUGAGCUGGACCUGGACGCCAUCAAUGGACGAAACACGCUGGUGAUCGACACGCCGAGGGUGAGGAAGCAGACGCGGCACUACAGCAGCGUCAAAGAGGAGGAGAUGCUGGAGUUCUCGGAGCUGGAGAGCGACGAGGACGAACCGAGCAAACCCUCGUCCAAACCUCGACGGCCCCAAGACAAAGCCCAGGGGUACCCCCGAUCUGAGUGCUUCAGAGUGGAGAAGAACCUGCUGGUUUACGGCUGGGGAAGGUGGACUGACAUCCUGACUCACGGUCGCUUCAAGCGCCCCCUGAAGGAGGCCGACGUGGAAACCAUCUGCAGAGCUCUGCUGGCCUACUGCCUGCUGCAUUACCGUGGAGACGAGAACAUCAAGAGCUUCAUCUGGGACCUGAUCACCCCGAGUGCAGAUGGGACCACCAGGACGCUGACCAACCACUCAGGUCUCUCUACUCCAGUUCCUCGGGGUAGGAAGGGCAAGAAGGGGAAGCCCGCGGCCCCGCCUCCACAGACGCCACGAGCCGAUUGGCUGGCGAGCUGCAAUCCUGACCACUUACUGCAGGAGGACAGCUACAAGAGACACCUGAAACAUCACUGUAACAAGGUGUUGCUGAGGGUGAGGAUGCUGUAUUAUCUGAGACAGGAAGUCAUCGGCGACCAGGCCGAGCGCAUCCUGGAAGGAGGCGACUCCAGCGAGCUGGAUAUCUGGAUUCCCCAGCCGUUCCACGCCGAGGUCCCGGCCGACUGGUGGGACAGCGAGGCCGACAAAUCCCUGCUCAUCGGCGUCUUCAAACACGGAUAUGAGAAGUACAACUCGAUGCGAGCCGACCCCUCCCUGUGUUUCUUGGAGAGGGUGGGCAUGCCGGACGCCAAGGCCAUCGCCGCUGAGCAGAGGGGCUCCGACAUGAUGGCAGAUGGCGUGGAGGGUGAGGAUGAGGAUCCAGAGUACAAGCCACUGCGAAUGCCUUUCAAAGAUGAGAUGGACGACUUCACCAACUCUCCGCUGGACGACAAAGACGACGCCGCGGAGGGAGAUGCUGAAGCUAAAUCAGGUGAAAACAAUCAAAGUGCAACUACUGGGGGCGGAGCUUCGGGCCCCAACGAGCGACUGUAUUGGCCAGCAGCCUCAGCUCUGACGGCUCGUCUGCGCCGCCUCAUCACGGCCUACCAGCGCUCCAACCGGAGAGAGCAGCUCCGCCAGGAGGCCCUCAACCGGCCGGACGGACGCCGCCGUCGCCGCAGGGAGUUCCUGCCUUCCGUCCCCGUGGUUACUGAGACAGGAGGCGGCGCAGCUUACAUCCAAGAUGGAGCGGCGGUGUUCAUGACAGAAGGAAGCCCAUAUCUGGCGAAAGGAGGCGCUUACUUUGCCAAAGGUGGACAGUUAAUGCCAGAGACUUCGCCAGUGAUGACCGCCAGCUCCCUGAUGGCUGACGGAGCCAUGUACUACAAGGAGAGAAGACAGAGAUGGACUCGUCGUGAGGAGGCUGAUUUCUACCGCGUCGUGUCCACCUUCGGUGUCGUCUUUGACACCCAGCGGCAGAAAUUUGACUGGACGCAGUUCAGGGCCUUUGCCCGACUGGACAAGAAAACGGACGAGAGCCUGGAGAAAUACUACUACUCGUUCAUCGCCAUGUGUAAACGUGUCUGCAGGAUGCAGGUCAAGACUGAAACAGAACUCCCAGACCCGACCCUGAUCAUCGACCCCAUCACGGAGGAGCGGGCCUCUCGCACCCUGUACCGCAUCGAGCUGCUCCGCCGCAUCCGAGAGCAGGUCCUGCCCCACCCCCUGCUCUCUGAGCGCCUCAAGCUCUGCCAGCCAUCUUCAGACCUCCCGGAGUGGUGGGAGUGUGGCCGCCAUGACCGUGACCUCCUUCUGGGGGCCUCCAAGCACGGCGUGAGCCGGACAGACUAUCACAUCUUAAAUGACCCUACGUUGGACUUCCUGGAGGCCCACCAGCGCUCUACCAGCCAGCGAGGCGCCGGCGUCGGCGCUGUGGCCCAGGGAGAGAGCACCAAGGCCGGAAUGGGAGCGGCAGAAAGCGCCGCCGCACCUCUCCUCUCCACCGCGGAGCUGGCGAGCGCUGCAGCUGCUGCCAAAAUUGCUGUUCAGGCAGCGAAAGAGGUGAAGACUGAGGAAGGGAAAACAGAGAUGGAGGUGAAAAAGGAAACGGAGGGAGGAGAUACCGACGGCAUUCCAUGUACCAAGACCGAAACGCCCGACGAACAGAAGAACAAUGAGGGAGAGGUUGGAAAAGGGAAAGAUGAGACCGCUGCUUCGCCAGGAAAGGAGGUCAAGAAAGAGGAAGAGGAGGCCCAGACAAAAGUAGAAAAGGAGGAGGGGGAAGAGAUGAAAGAGGAACAGAGCGGAGAAGAAGAGAAGACCUCCAAACCAGCAGAUGAAGAAGAUAAAUACUCGACAGAGGAGGAGAAGAAGAGCUCGAGUAUUGUCGACUCUCCAAGGGACGAGAAGGAGACGACCGCUGAGACCUCAGAACAACCCGAGUCCUCACCCACAGCACAACCGGACCACAAGACUGUGGGGGAGGAGGACGGGGAGGAGAAGGAGAACCCCGAGUCUCCCAAAUCUCCAAAGUCCGCCGACACGGAGAAGAGCCCAGAGGAGGAAGAGGAGGACAGGAUGGACGAAGACGACAAAUCAGAGAAAUCCUCUCAGGCUGAAGCGAGCGCCGCGUCGGAGCAGAAGAACUUCGACGAGGAGAGCAUCGCGUCUCUGAGCACGUCGGCCCGCGACGAAACCAGAGACGGGUUCUGCCCCGACGACCUGCCCGAGACGUCUGCGCUGCAGGCCUUACAGGACCGCACCUACGCCUUCUCCUUCUGGCCGAAGGAUCGAGUGAUGAUUAACAGGAUGGAUAACAUCUGCGAGGCCGUCCUGAAGGGCAAGUGGCCUGUCAACAGACGCCACAUCUUUGACUUCCCCAGCAACCUGUUGCCAGGGCACAGCUCCGCAGUAACCGCAGCAGCUGUAGCCACGGCAACUGACAGCCCACUGCAGAGGCGGAGCCUGGCCGAGCUGACGUUGGCGGGCAUCCACACGCCUUACAGUGGAAGUGAAGAUAAAACACUAUCGCCGCAGAUUCCUGAGGGCGCUCUGAGCCUGACGGUGCCGCGGCGGCGGAGGAGGAGGAGGAAGAUCGAGAUCGAGGCGGAGCGGGCAGCCAAGAGACGUAACCUGAUGGAGAUGGUCGCUCAGCUGAGGGAGAGCCACGCCGCCGCCGAGUCCCAGAGCCAGGCGAUAGACCUCACCAAGUGUAUGCAGCAUCACCACAAGGCCUCACCCUCAUUGGCCGGAUUCCCCAGCGCCCUGGUGACGAGCCCUUCCCUCAAGGCCCAGAUGGAGUUGCUGCAGCAAGCCCCGCCCUCCGGACACAGAGCCAACGGUUCGCUGGAGGCCGACCUGCCCAUCAUGAGGAGGAGGCGGGGCCGCAGGAAAAAUGUGGAGGGGCUGGAGCUGCUGUUCAUGAGCAACAAGAGAGCUGGAGGGGAUGAUGCUGACGGGACAAAGGCCUCAGCUGCGGAGGCGGCUCAGGACGCCGCCCGUGCCCACAGAUCCCUCACCGUGCCCGAGCAGAGCCCCAGCGCCAGAUCUCUGGCCUCCGGCAGCCUGGAGGAGGAAGAGGCGGCCGUGUCGAACAAGGAGCUGGGAGAGUGGCUGAGGCAGCACCCGACAUACACCAUGGACAUGGCUGGACUGACACCAAAGAGCGAGGAGUUGCUGCUGUCUCAGUUCUCCAAGCCCAAACAGAAGCGCCACCGCUGUCGAAACCCCAACAAGAUCGACAUCAACACCCUGACUGGAGACGAGCGAGUGCCCGUGGUCAACAGACGCAACGGACGCAAGAUGGGCGGGGCCAUGGCUCCACCAAUGAAGGAGCUUCCCAGAUGGCUAAUAGAGAACCCAGAGUUUUCUAUCGCCCCUGAUUGGACAGACAUCGUCAAACAGUCGGGUUUCCUCCCAGAAGCUAUGUUCGAUCGCCUUCUGACCGGCCCCGUCGUCAGGGAAGAGGGUGUCCGUCGCCGGGGGCGACGACCCAAAUCUGAGAUUGCCAAGGCAGCAGCCGCCGCCCAGGCAGCAGCUGCUGCUCAGGCCGCCCAGGCAUCACUGGCCACUGCUGCUUCAUCUGCAGGAGGCAUCAACCCUCUGCUCUUGAACAGCCUGUUUGGAGGGAUGGACCUGUCUUCUCUCCAGAGCCUCCAGUCUCUCCAGUUGGCUGCUGGUCUGAUGGCCUUCCCUGCCCCCACCGACCCCAAGCAGGCCGCUGCCAGCGCCGCCGCCGCCUCCAUGCUGCCCCUAAUGCUGCCCGGCAUGGGAGGCCUGCCCAACAUGGCCGCCGCCCUCCCCAACAUGUUCAGCCUAGGCGGGCUGUUUGGCGGUAACCUGGCGACAGCCGCAGCUGCUGCCGCUGCGUCCAACUCCGCCGCCGCUGCCGCCGCCGCCGCAUCAGGGAACACAAACGGAACGAUGGAGGGAGAGGGAGGAGAGAGCGACGAAGCGCUGACAACGAAGAGGAAGAGGAAGAGACAGGGAGAGGAAAAAGAGGGAGAAGGCGGCGAGGGGGGAGAGAAGGAGGUGGAGGAGGAGGCCGAGGGAAAUGAAGGAGUGAAGAAGGCAAAGAGGAAGAUGGCGAAGGAGAGCGAGGAGGGCGUGGAGAAGUCAGUUAAUGAUGUCACCGCAGCUCCUCAAAUCCCGGCCAUUGAUUCGUCAGCUGAGGCAUCCAUCAACGGCGAUGCCGCCGCCCUGCUGGCUGCGGCCGGCAUGUCCGCCAAUUCUCUGGCAUUCAACCCCUUCCUCCUCUCCACCAUGGCGCCCGGCCUCCUCUACCCCUCCAUGUUCCUACCUCCGGGCCUCGGCGGGCUCAGCCUGCCCGGCUUCCCCACCGCCUCCACCCUGGCCGAGCUGCAGAGCGCCAUGGCCGGAGCGCUGGGGGGCAACGCCGUGUCCACGAACCCCCUGAGAGACGAGGAGGAGAAGGGGAUGAAAGCUCCGGGAGAGGAGGACGAGGACGAGGACGAGGAGGACGGCGGAGGAGACAGUGACUUGGCCGAGGAGAAGGACGAGGGAGCGGAGGAGGAUACGAGAGGCGAGGCCGACGACUCCCUUCUAGAGGACGGAGGGAUGGGAGGAGAGGAAGAGGAGGCGACGGCGUCACCGCAGAAGGACAAGAGUGACUGAAAUAAAACACAGAAGUGACUGGCCUGGAACAUUUCCUCACCUCCGACCUCUGACCUCCCCCCUCCCCCCCUCGCCACGUUUACACGCCUCCACCAGAAAUAUCCAAACUAUUACGAGUCCUGUUUUUUUUUUUUUUCUUUACGUUGUUGUUGAUGAUUUAUCUCUCUCUCAUUGUUGUCUGUUUUGGGCCAGGUGUAUUGACUGUGCGUCAGAGGGCAGGUGUCUGAGCUCAGUCUCUCUGCUCGUGUGUCGUCAGGGUCCUCGCCGCCGCUCGCUCAGAGCUCGGCUCCUCUUCAAAGAUUGUUCCUCUCUCUGGGUUCUGUCUACGUUUCUCUUCCACAACCCCUCAAACAGAACCACACACGGUUCCACCAGUACUAUAUUGUUAUUAUUAUUAUUAUCAUUAUUAUUGUUAUUGCUGCUUUCAGCUCUCAGAUCUGUUGUGUUUUUUUUUUUUUUUUUUUUUUUUUUUAAUUUUUGAUUUUUGCUUCCUUCGUCUGGAAUGUUUGUUUUGUUGUCGUUUGUCGGCGGCGUCUCGUCGACAGGAGAAGAAACACCCGCCGCUGCCGACGCGUUCUCUAACAUCCGGUUCUCAAAAAAACAAAAACAGAAAAAAAGACAAAAAAAAAGACACAAAAAAGAAAAAAAAAAAAAAAAACCACAGCAUUACAGCUGACCGGCUGUCUGUCUGACAAAGCUGCUGCAAAAGGAAUUGUGGAUAAUGGAGUUUGAGCUGUUCUGUUUCAGAGCAGAUUUUUAGUUCUCACAUAUCAGACCAGGUCGACUCUGAGGAGGAAAAGGAAACUAGACCUAAAACUCAGUCUCACACACUGACGAGCACAACACACACAUCCCAACACACACACACACACACACACACACACUAACCCCCUAAACCCUCGUUAUCAUGUGACUGUUUCUAGGAGGACUCCCUACCAGCCGUGUUCCUUUGAGUGUAUGUGUGCGUGCGUGUGCACGUGCACACUGAACCAAUACUGUGUUAAACCCAGUCCCACACUGUUUGAGUACCAAUCUUGAGUCUUUCCACUGCCACACCUGAAUCCUGUCUCUCUCUCUCUCUCUCUCUCUCUCUCUCUCUCUCUCUCUCUCUCUCUCUCUCUCUCUCUCUCUCUCUCUCUCUCUCUCUCUCGAGGCGGCUGGUCGUGGCUCGGGAGCGGCAGGCGGGCUGGGUCUGCCGCCGGUCGGGCCUUCUGAUUGGUCCGUUGCAGCCACUGAAAACCAGCCGUCCUUGUUUGGAGGUUUUUUUCUGUGAAUGGGUUUGGAGCGGAGGUCCACACAGGGAUGUGAGGUUUCAGGAUUAUUCGUUAAAGGGGGGGGGGGCGCACAUGAAAUAGUCGCUGCCACAUUAAAAAUCCUUUUUGUUUUAUUUUAAGUUUUUGUUCCUUCACAUCCCAGUAGUUCCAGACCAAGUGCUGCUCCUUAGUGACCUUCUCUUUAAAGACUGUUGCUCUAGUCACACACUGACACCAGGCCUGGCCAAGACAGGACUGAGACACAUUUUCAACAGAGUUGGAAACUCACAACUUUUUCUAUAUGAAGUUCAGCUCUGGUUUAAGUUUUAAAUACUUGAAAAGCGCGACAGGUGUUUGAUUUGUUUCCAUUCCUGAGGCCAGUUUAAGUGUCUGAGAUGAAUCAAGCGCCGCAAGUGGUUCAAAUAUUUGAAAGUACAUUCAAACACACACACUGUGGCCAGGUCUUAUUAACAUUUGCUAAUACAGCCAGCCCAGCAGAUGAAGAGAGGGAGAACCGGGACUGAGGGGGGGGUGUGUGUGUGGGGGGGGGGUGGGGUGAUGAGUUUCAACUCUCUGGAAGACCCGUUCUCCUCUCGAAUGCUGAGACAGCAAUAACCAAGGCAGCUUUUGAAUGUUCCAACAUUACUCUCCCAACACACUCUCUCUCUAUAUGAAUAACCACAAGUGUCGUAUGAAUAGAAAACAAAACUAAAACUGUAAAUGAUGACAAAUAAGUAAUGCAAUCAAUUUUGUCUCACUCUGUUCCUGUUGAUGCACUGGUGUUAAAGAGUUAAAAUAAUCAGGUACCUUUAUUACUUAGCUACUUUUCUUGAAAAAUGGACUUUUGUUACUUUUAGCCAGCAAGCUGAAGAGCAUUACCUCAAAAUUCUUAUCUAGCCUUGAAGUUUACAGACAUACCAUGUAAAUGUUUUUUUUUCCCUCUUUUAUUUUUGGUGUGUGUCUUUUUUUGUUUUGGGUUUUUCUUUUUUUUUCCUUUUUUUUGGAGACAUCAUGUAUGAUGAAUUGUAGCUAUGAUGCUUUUAAUAAAAGUGAAUCAUGAUAUUCGCCUAGGAAACCAAA